ACUGCCACACAUGCACCCCAGACAGCCAUUGCAUGCACAGCUACCCCUCCCCUCCCGUAGAGGGGACCAAUCCAACUGACGAGAGAGUGGAGUGGUUUUCAGCCUGCCUUGCUGGCCGUGUCUCUCUUCCUCUUAAGCCCUCCCUUGUCUGUCUUGCCGCUACUGCUACUGCUGCUGGUGCCCCCGUUCGCGCGACGCAUCUCAAAGGCCCAGCUCUCGUCACCUUCAGGAGGCGACACACCAAACCGACCCUUGGAUGCAUCACGCAACACACGCAGCAGAUUGUAGCGGGGGCUAGGGCGGACAGUCAGAGCGAUACAGUCGAGGGAAGCAUUGGCAGCUAAGGCCGCGGCGACGCACUGGGCAAAAGAGCGGUGCAUCUCCUUUGCCCUGCUAUCACUCAGACCUGAAGCGCGACCAAAACCUCUCUCAGCUUUUGUGCUAAUCUCAACCUCAAUACGACUAACCCGGCCACUCUCCAUGAGGCCUCUCUCCCUCUCUGCGCCUGCCCCAGCCCCCGCCCCCUCCCCACCCUCCCCAUCAUACAGCGACCAAGUGAUGUAAUGGCUGGUUGAGUUGGCCUUCUGCAGGUCACCUAUCGUCACAUGAAAGGCUACCGUGAGCGGCCUGCCCUCUGUGGCGAAAAAGCCGACACUCGGAGGGAUGAGACACAGCUCAGUGUGCGGGGUGGCCCACACGUCGCUACUGAAGGUGACCCGCUCGAGGGAAGGCAGAUCACCCAGCACAGCCCCCAGCCCCCCGUCGUAGAAUCCCAUUCCCCCGAAGUCCCUCUCUUCGACCUCGACCGACUCGACGGCCGGGAAGAGGGAAGCGGGAUUGGCGAGCACGUAUGGGGGCAGUGGGUGACCGCCGCCACUCGGUAGCAUUGUCAGCUUCUUGAUCUUGGCACACUUGAGUGUUGUCAGGUCCGGGUGAUCCUCUUGUCCAGCAGUAGCUUGUGAGAAGAGGUCGACGGUCUCGGCCUGCGUGCAGAGGGUCUGGGCGGUGGGCAGGCCGGCGGCGAGGUCGGCCGCGCUGCCGUGGAAGGGAAGGCGGAGAUGGAUGUCAGGGUAGGUCUCUGUGGCGUUGGGGGCGAGACACGAUGUCCGGAAACGAUGAACGCUCUUGUACACAUAAGUAUGCACACAGACGGGGAUUGACCAGUGCCGUGUUGUCGAUCGAGGUGGCCUACCGAAAUGUUCAUUACGGAAUUGAUGAUGGGGUAGCCCAGAUUCAUCUCGAUCGUCUGCAGCCGCGCCGUUCUCGCUCCCCCGCCACCCAUCUGGUCGAUGAAGUCAUCAUCAGGUAUCCCAUGGGCGCCCUUCAGGCUCACCAGCGUGUUCCCUAAACGAGUGGACGCACCACAUGCGUGCGACGGACAGACUCCUCAAUCCUUACAUGAUGGUGUGUUGCUGAGGAAGUGGGGCACGUUGCCAUAGGUCUGGUGGUGGUUUGUUGUCAGGACGAGCGAAUGGAUGCCGGCAGAUGCCCUCGACACCCAAGAGCGAGGGCCCGUCGCUGGGAACCACACCGACGUGAGCUCCGACGCUCCCAGCUCUGUCAGCGCUGGCAACUGGUAGUCGCGGUCCUGCACACGCAGACCAAGACACACACACAUGGAGGUAAAAGAACUGCCAGUUGCAGUGAUGUGUACGUCACGUCUCACCUGUGCGAUUUGGCUCCACGACUGAUGCACUGAGGCCUUGUGCAGUUGAGGGAAGACCAGCUGCUGGCCUCUAGGGGGCAUUUGGAUGGGUUCGCGCCACUGUCGGCCAUGCCGACUCCUUAGGGCGCCACCAUCUGGACACGUCCAUGCACGCAAUAGGCACCAACAAUGAUGUCCAGGCAAUUUCUUUUUUGUCUGCCUACCGCGAUGACGUCUGUAUGUCCCUGACCGUGGCGGCAGUAGCCUCGAGCAGCCGUACGAGCGAUGGCAUCGGUCGGUGAUCCACGGCAAAUGACUGGCACGCAGCUAGGCGACCUGAGAAGACCGACCAGGCCAUCCGUCUCCGGUGACAAGCCGGCUCUCUGGGACCACCCACCUGUCUCAAGCCAUGUGUUGGCAAUGUCAGGUUUGGGGCAGCGAUUGAGUUCGAGGAUCGGAUGCAUGGCGGGCUGCUGGGUGAGGGAUUUGAAGUGUUGGCUGACGGACGAGAGGCACUCCAUGGUGGAGAUGAAGCCGAGGUAGCCGCCGAUGCCAACACGCUGGUCGUCACUCAUCCACAGGCCCUCAAGCAGACCCUCCAGACACAACAACUCCUGGAAAGGGAAAGCCUCAAUAUGUACUUUGAAUCUUUCCCGCCUCCCUCCCUCCCUCCCUCCCUCCCUCUCUUUCCCUCUUUCUACCUCUUGGUCGUUCUGGUUUAGAUUGUCCAUGUAGUGCUGCAGCGUAUCGAUCUUCUUGACAAACUCUUCUGUCUGCUCCCUGGCCGUGACGGCCGCGCUGUGCAGCUGCGCCUCGCCAUUGCGGCACCCCAUCGAUAUCAGUACAUGACGCUGCCGCUCAAUCGCCUGACGCACACAUGUACAGAACAGAGGGGCAAACGGGCAUGUUAGUGGCACCAUGCACAUGGCUGCAUGGGUCUAUCUUGGCUUGACCCGCAUGUGGUUCUCCGCUGUGUGUGUCUGUGGAGGCGGGAGGGCAUCCAUCGCACUGAACACCUCCUCUGCCUGAGGCAUCGCACCGCACACACCACACUGACGUACAACUUUCCAUUCGGGUCCUGCUGUUUGUUACCUUGGCUUUGGCCUCCUCGACAAGUACGAGCUGCUCUUUCAGCGCCUCAGAGACGCUAUGGAAUGCUGCCAACACAUCCUCAGGACCCCUCACUACCACAGCCGCCGCAUCCUGGCCCAUGAAAGACACGAGGAAAAAGCACAACAUCUGUGAUUGAUGUAUGCAAUGUGGACCAUCCUCACCUCCAUAUCGGUAUCAGCUACUCCCCCGCCGUCAGGCCCGUCCCCCUCCUCAUGAUCUCCCUCCUCAGUGGCCGGCGCCUUGGCUUUGGCCUUACCCCUCCCCCUCCCCCUCUCCUUAGCCGCACCCUUCCUGCCCGCCGCAACACCAGCCGCCCUGCCGUCGGCGUCCAGCCGCUGCUUCUUCCUGGCUGCAACACCCUUGUUCCCCCUCGCUAUGUCCUCCCAGUCGGAUCCGCUCUCGGACGAGCUGCUACUGCUCUCAUCCAUGGCCUCAUCUUCGUCCUCGCCCUCCUCCUCCAUCUGACCAUCGUCGUCCGCGUCAUGGUGGCGCUUCCUGCAAUGUGGUGCGGGCGCCGAUGCGGCCCGUGAUGCGGCUGCUGCUGCUAAAGCCGCCUUGCGCUUCGGACGCUGGCUAUCCAUAACGCGAGAAGCCGA